AUGGCGAACGUUCAAGAAUUUCUAAACACCAUUGAAAACCGUCGUACAAUCUACAAUCUAAAACCAGAAUUACCAGAAGGUAUCACCGUGGAAGACAUUAAGGAAACAGUGCAAAGAAUCACCAAGAAUGGUCCUAGUGCAUUCAAUUCUCAACCAAAUCGUGCCCUAAUCCUAACUGGUACCACACAUAAGAAAGUUUGGGAUUCAGUUGUGAAUGCAAUGCCUACUGAUAAUGCCAAGAUGAGACCAAAAGCCUGUAGAGAUGAAGCUUACGGGUCUGUAAUUUUCUUUGUGGAAGAAAAGGCCACCCAAAAGUUACAAUCUGAUUUUGCUGCAUUUGCUGAAGUGUUCCCAGCUUGUGCGCAACAAAGUUCUGGUGCUGUACAAAUUGAAUCCUGGGCUGCUGUGGAAGCCUUAGGGUUAGGUUGUAAUUUACAACAUUAUAACCCAUUGGUUAGAGCUGCUUUACCUCAAGAUGUUCCUACUUCAUGGACUGUACAUUCUCAAUUGAUUUUCGGUGUUAAGAAUGGAGAAGCUGGUGCCAAGGAAUUUAACGAAAACCCUGUCAAGAUCUACAACUAA